GCGGAACAGAACGAGAAAGGAGUAGUGAAGCGGGGUACGGUGGGACGAGUCGAAAUCCGGCAGCGAUACGUAGUAAACCGAGCAAAGAAACCGAAGAUUUUAAGACGGAACGGGACAAGAUAGAACACGGACACAGGCGAGGCUAGAAGGAAACGUGGAAUCGACAGGGCUGAGCUAUCGGUGGGGAGAAAACACGACGCAAGUCGCGAAAAAAUUGAACGGGUGAACAUAGAGAGGGUAAAAUGGUAGAAGGGAAGGGAAGAUGAAAUGCGAGCAAGGAACGACGGUAGUAGGCCGGAAGCUUUUUAGUAGCAGUCAAAGGGUCAGGAAAUCAGUUGAUGCUUGAGAUUUCGAGAGAUCGGUUUUUCCUGAAAUUACCUUGCUGUAUCGAAGAAACACGAAUCAAACGUAAAGAAAUUUGUGUGUCGACGCUGCCGCGCACGAAACCGCGGGGAUUGAAAAUAUGAACGUAGCCGAGCCCUGGUCUUUACCACCAAAGCAGGCUCUUUACGAUCCAACUCUCGAGAAGGAUGCUUGCGGUGUUGGAUUUAUCGUUUCUAUAGAUGGACAAAAGUCGCACAAGAUUGUUCGUGAUGCGGAGAUCCUGUCGGCGCGAAUGAACCAUCGCGGGGCCUGUGCAUGCGAUAACGACACCGGAGACGGUGCCGGUGUUCUUUGCGCAAUCCCGCAUGAAUAUUACGCCGAUGAAGUUCGCGAGGGACAAAAUGUCGAAUUGCCAAAAUUCGAGCGCUACGCUACCGGUAUUCUAUUUCUCGACAAGAAUACACACGGUGAAGUCGAGGCUGCGUUUGAAAAGUUAGCUGAAGAAUGCAACCUGAGGGUAAUUUGUUGGCGCGAUGUUCCAACCGAUAACACACGGAUUGGUCAAGUGGCGCGAAAAUGCGAACCUUACAUGCGUCAAGUUUUUGUAACCGGCGAUCAGGAUGAUGCCAGUCUUCAACGCCAGGUUUUCGUCCUAAGGAAAAGAUCGUCCCAUUGUAUACCACGACCCGGAAUCAGAUACUACAUAUGCUCGCUUUCUGUACGGACGAUCGUAUACAAAGGCCAAUUAACGGCGGAUCAGCUGUGGCUUUAUUUUUUAGAUUUGAAGUCGCCAAGAUUCGAGACGUAUUUGGCGUUAGUUCAUACAAGAUUCUCCACGAACACAUUUCCAAGUUGGGAAAGGGCACAUCCCCUUCGGUUGUUAGCACACAAUGGUGAAAUAAACACUUUGAGGGGAAACGUGAAUUUCAUGAAAGCCCGUGAAGGAGUGAUGAGCAGCAAAAUCUUUGGCGAUCAAUUAAAGCAACUUUAUCCCGUGGUGGAACCACACUUGUCGGAUUCCGGAGCUGCCGAUUGCGUUUUGGAAUUCUUAGUGAUGGCGGGACAACGAACUUUACCUGAGGCGGUGAUGACAAUGGUGCCAGAAGCUUGGCAAAAUGAUUUAACGAUGGCGACGGAAAAGCGUCACUUUUAUCAUUGGGCCGCUUGCGCGAUGGAACCUUGGGAUGGUCCUGCCCUGUUGACCUUUACGGAUGGACGUUAUGUUGGCGCUAUUCUCGACAGAAACGGCCUGCGCCCGUCGCGCUUCUACGUCACUAAGGAUAACAUGAUGGUGAUGGCGUCCGAAGUGGGCGUCUAUGAUACUCCACCCAGCAAUGUAGCCCUGAAGAGCCGUUUGAAACCCGGAAGAAUGCUGCUCGUCGAUACUCACGAACGGAGGAUUAUUCAAGACGUCGAACUGAAGCUACAGAUUGCUAGAAGCAGACCGCAUUCCCAAUGGCUGAAAGAUCAGAUGAUCACGAUAGAAGAGCUACGCGCUGCCGACAUCGGUCACGCAACAAAGCCAUCUGAGAACGGCUCGGCGGAAACCAAAGACGAAGCCAUGAGAAGAAUCGCGGCGAUCGACGCGAAUCCCAUAUCUGCUGUGAAUCGAGUUUGGGGAGGCGACAAGAGACUGUCCCUCUAUGGAUACACGCUAGAAACCAUUAAUAUGUUGCUUUUGCCAAUGAUGCAGAGCAAAAAAGAAGCACUGGGUUCCAUGGGCAACGAUGCACCGCUGGCCUGCUUGUCGCAAUUUCAGCCGCUCAUCUACGAGUAUUUUAAACAGUUGUUCGCCCAGGUUACGAAUCCUCCGAUAGAUCCGUUUAGAGAGAAGAUCGUAAUGUCGAUGCUUUGUCCCAUCGGUCCCGAGAGCAACAUCUUGGAACCAAGCGAAAUGCAAGUGCAUAGAUUAUUUUUGCCGCAACCGAUACUGUCCCUGGAAGAUCUGGAGAUAGUCAGACGGACUAAAUACCGUGGAUGGAAGACCAAAACAAUUGAUAUGACUUACCCUGUAAAAGAUGGUCCGCCUGGGUUACUGAAUACGUUGAACCGCGUCAGCCAGGAGGCGGAUCAGGCUGCGAAAGAGGGUUAUCAGUUUAUCAUUCUUUCCGACAGACAGGCUGGUCCAGAAAGAGUACCUGUGAGUAGUUUGUUAGUACUGGGUGCAGUGCACCACUACUUGAUCGAAGAACGACAGCGUAUGAAGGUUGGUCUUAUUCUCGAAACCGGCGAAGCCAGAGAAGUGCAUCACGUUUGUUUGCUACUCGGUUACGGGGCGGAUGCUGUUUGUCCGUAUCUUGUGUUCGAGAUGGCGAGAAAUCUACGAGCAGAUGGUGUACUGGAUUCUUCCUUGACCGAUAACGCUUUAUGCGCGAACUAUGCGGAAGCAAUGGAGAGGGGUAUAGGAAAGGUAAUGGCAAAAAUGGGAAUCUCCACGUUGCAAUCGUACAAGGGAGCUCAAAUUUUCGAAGCGGUCGGGUUAUCCGACGAGGUCAUCGACAAAUGCUUCAAGGGUACACAGUCCCGCAUUGGUGGAGUUACCUUCGAUAUUUUGGCACAAGAGGCAUUCGAAAGGCAUCAACUUACAUAUUGGAACAAACCUAUGGAUAUGCUCGUCAUUCGCAAUCCAGGCAUUUACCACUGGCGUUCCGGCGGUGAGAAACACAUAAACGAUCCUGACAGCAUUGCGAAUUUGCAGGACUACGUGAGUUCGAAGAACUUGAGCGCGUACGACAAGUAUCGAAAAACAACGAUGGAAAUGGUGAGGGCUUGUACGUUACGAGGUCAAUUGGAAUUUGUGGACAAGACCGAGAAUUCCAUACCCAUCGACGAGGUUGAACCAGCAUCCGAAAUCGUGAAACGGUUCGCAACCGGAGCCAUGAGCUUUGGAAGUAUUUCGAUAGAGGCGCACACGACUCUGGCGAUCGCGAUGAAUCGUAUCGGAGGUAAAUCUAAUACCGGCGAAGGUGGUGAAAAUUCUGACAGAUACUUAGAUCAAGAACCAGAAUUUAACAAACGAUCAGCUAUUAAGCAGGUUGCUAGUGGUCGUUUCGGCGUAACCUCGAGUUAUUUAGCGAACGCUGAUGAUCUUCAAAUUAAAAUGGCGCAGGGAGCGAAGCCGGGAGAAGGAGGCGAGUUACCUGGUUACAAGGUCACCGCUGAAAUUGCUGCGACCAGAUUCUCAGUGCCUGGGGUGGGGCUGAUCUCACCGCCACCUCAUCACGAUAUUUAUUCGAUCGAGGAUCUCGCAGAGUUGAUUUAUGAUUUAAAAUGCGCCAAUCCUUCGGCUCGUAUCUCUGUCAAAUUAGUGUCGGAAGUAGGAGUAGGCGUAGUUGCGGCGGGCGUGGCAAAGGGGAAAGCAGAACACAUCGUGAUAUCCGGUCACGAUGGCGGAACUGGAGCCAGCAGUUGGACGGGAAUAAAAUCCGCGGGUUUACCGUGGGAAUUGGGAGUCGCUGAAACUCAUCAAGUUCUGACUUUGAACAAUCUUCGAUCGCGAGUUGUUGUCCAAGCGGAUGGACAAUUACGCACGGGAUUCGAUAUUGUGGUAGCAGCUCUCUUGGGUGCCGAUGAGUUUGGAUUCAGUACCGCACCCUUGAUUUCUAUGGGUUGUACCAUGAUGAGAAAGUGCCAUUUAAACACCUGCCCUGUAGGUAUCGCCACGCAAGAUCCUGUACUUCGCAAGAAAUUCGAAGGGAAACCGGAACACGUCAUAAACUUUUUCUUUGCAUUGGCAGAAGAGGUACGUUCGCACAUGGCCAGUCUAGGAAUUCGUAAGUUCCAAGAUCUAAUCGGCCGUACGGAUCUCUUAAGAGUUCGAAGAAAUGUCUCGAUCGAGAAAGCCAAAACGCUGAAUCUCGAUAAUAUUUUGCGCAACGCGCUCGAAUUUCGACCAGGAGUCAAUAUUAAAGGCGGGUCGAUGAAACAAGACUUCCAGUUGGAAAACAGAUUGGACAAUCGCAUGAUCGAAUUGUCGAAACCGGUGUUUGAAAGAAAACAAGAUCGCGUCGAGAUGGAGUUGAAUAUCAAUAAUGAAUGUAGAGCGUUUGCAUCGACUUUGAGCUAUCAUAUCUCCAAAUUGUUCGGCGAAGACGGACUGCCGGAAGGUAGUAUAAACGUGAAGAUGAAAGGUUCAGCAGGUCAGAGUUUUUGCGCCUUCAUGACCAAAGGGGUGCACGUUACUCUUGAAGGAGAUGCCAACGAUUACGUUGGAAAAGGACUGUGCGGAGGAGAAAUUGUCAUAUAUCCACCGAAGGAUUCUACAUUCGAUUCCGAAGCGAACGUAAUUGUAGGCAACGUUUGCCUUUACGGUGCAACUUCCGGGAAAGCUUACUUCCGAGGGAUCGCUGCCGAAAGGUUCAGCGUUCGAAACAGUGGAGCAGUAGUUGUAGUCGAAGGCGUAGGAGAUCAUGGAUGCGAAUACAUGACGGGUGGUUGUGCGAUCAUUCUAGGCCUUACCGGACGAAAUUUUGCUGCUGGAAUGUCCGGUGGAAUAGCCUACGUAUUCGAUGUGGACGGAUCGUUCAAGAGCAAAUGUAAUCCUGAAAUGGUAGAGCUGCUUCCUCUAGACAGGACGGAAGAUAUAGACUUCGUGAAACAACUUUUAGAGGAAUUUGUCGAGAAGACCGGUUCCUUAAUAGCAAAAGAUCUACUAAUGCUGUGGCCUGAACCAACGACACGAUUCGUGAAGGUAUUUCCGUAUGAGUAUCAAAGAGCAUUGAAACAAGUCGAGGAAGCCAAACAAGCGCAACCAAUCUUGAAUGGAAAUUCUCAAACAUUGGAAAACCAAAUCAAGGACAUCGAAGACGCCAUUACGGAUAUCAAUAUGGAACAACGUAAAUUGGAUAAGAUAAAAGGAUUUAUGAAAUACAAGAGACAAACGAGCGUUUAUCGACCGACUGAAAACCGAGUAAACGACUGGGACGAAAUAUAUAAUUUCCAAGGAGUCCGCAAAGGACUACGCGUACAAGCUGCGAGGUGCAUGGAAUGCGGUGUACCGUUUUGUCAAAGUAGUCAUGGUUGCCCAUUAGGAAACAUUAUUCCCAAGUGGAACGAUCUUGUUUUCCAAUCGAAUUGGAAAGAGGCACUGAAUCAAUUGUUACAAACAAACAAUUUCCCAGAAUUCACGGGGAGAGUUUGUCCUGCUCCGUGCGAGGGUGCUUGCGUUUUGGGAAUAUCUGAACCAGCAGUUACUAUAAAGAACAUCGAAUGCGCUAUAAUCGAUCAUGCGUUCGAGCAAGGUUGGAUAGUGCCACAUCCGCCCACGACGAGAACCGGUCGACGAGUCGCCGUGAUUGGUUCCGGUCCAGCAGGAUUAGCUGCAGCUCAUCAACUAAACAAGGCAGGACAUUUGGUAACUGUUUAUGAAAGGAAUGACCGAAUAGGGGGUCUUCUGCAAUACGGAAUACCAACUAUGAAAUUGUCGAAACAAGUUGUUCAGCGAAGAGUCUCCCUUCUCGCCGCCGAGGGAAUCACUUUCAAAACUGGCGUCAAUGUUGGAAAAGAUAUCUCUGCCAAGGAGUUACGCGAACAGUAUGACGCAAUGUUGCUUUGUACUGGUGCAACCUGGCCAAGAGACUUACCAAUACCUGGCAGACAGCUGGAAGGCAUCCAUUUUGCCGUAAGCUUUUUGGAGCAUUGGCAAAAGAAACAAAUGGGAAACGAUACUCCGCUCGAUAUGCGUCUGAUGGCCAAAGACAGGGAUGUCAUUAUAAUAGGUGGUGGUGAUACCGGUUGUGACUGCAUAGCUACAUCUUUGCGACAGGGUGCCAAAACAAUCACAACUUUUGAAAUUUUACCAGAACCACCGAACAAAAGGGGAAGGGAUAAUCCUUGGCCUCAAUUUCCAAGAGUGUUCAAGGUAGAUUACGGUCACGAGGAAGUUUCCCUGAAGUUUGGACGCGAUCCGCGUCAAUUCAGUACGUUGAGCAAAGAAUUUUUGGACGAUGGAAACGGACACGUGAGCGGCAUUAAAACCGUGUCGGUUUCGUGGACGAUGGAAAAUGGUCGUUGGAAGAUGGAGGAAGUUCCCGAAUCGGAAAAGAUAUACAAAUGCGACUUGGUCUUACUCGCAAUGGGUUUCUUGGGUCCUGAAAAGUACGUAGCGACGGAACUAGACACGACAUUGGAUGAAAGGGGUAAUUACAAAACUGCAAUUGGCAAAUACGAAACAAGUUUAUCCGGCACGUACGCGGCUGGGGAUUGCCGGCGUGGACAGUCGUUAGUUGUUUGGGCAAUUACCGAGGGCAGACUAGCCGCGAGAGAAAUAGAUAUGGCUUUAAUGGGAUCGACUGGUCUUCCCGUAUCCGGUGGUGUUGUUAUAACCAGCGUUGUCGAUUGAAUCGGCCGACACGGGAUACGAAGAGGAACGAUUUUUGUUUUCCCUCUCUCCAUUCCCUUGUAUCCCUCCGACGGUGGUCCCGCGAUUGCGAUGCGGGCGGGUACCGUUGAACGAACAAGGGAGAAAUGGUUUACGCGGGAACAGGUCAACCAGUAUUAUCGCAAAUUUACGAAUGUUCGAAAGCGAAUCAAAAAUGAUCGUUCGUCUCUCCGACAAAAAUUACAGCGCGCGCGAGAUUUUUCUAGCACUUCCAUUCCGAGAUGUUAUCGUUGUCGCGUUGUUCAUUUGUUGAAAGAAAAAAAAAAAAUUGGCGACGGUAUUCGACGUUUUGUUCGCCGCGUAACCAUAAAUAACUAUGUAUGUAAGCUGUCGAGGAAAUACUCGUAGAUAUUUUGCAAAAUCUACCUCGUAUCCUCCUUUGCGUGUCUUGUUUCUUUUACGAGGUAAUACAAAUUAUUACGUAAUUAGUAAUAGCCUUUCAUCGAUUAAUGCGAUUGUACGGAGAAUCAUUCGUUGGAAAGCUUUGUUCGACUCGAAAGUAUGAACCGCAAAUGCUCAUAAUGGUAUUUCGAGGCUGACACUAUCGGAAGAGGCACACGGUGCAUUGCCUGGCGUAGCGUUCGGUUUCGCGUUAAAUCUCGUGAUUUUUUUUGUAACUUUUGUAGUUUUUAGUACGUCGUUAGUGUAUUGUAACGUGGUGUUGCGUGCGCGCGUCCGUGCACGUAACAGCUUCAGAAAUUUGUCGUAGGAUAUUUAUUUAUGAAGUACGUAACAAUGCGCGUACAGAUUUUCUCAACUGUACACAAGGUUUUCGUACACCAACGAACUUUGUUUGUUUGUUGCGCGUAUCAUUGUAAAUUCUACACAAUGAUAAAGGAAAUACUUUGAGACAAUAAAUGACUACCGUAUAAUGAACGUUGAAAUAUCAAGGAUAUAACUUCAUUUUAUGAAAGUUGUAACUGUAGGCAUGAAACGAAUACAAUAAAUAGUCCUGACGUAAGCUAUCCUGUCAAUUGUGACCGACACUCCGCCGAGCAACAACGAUUAGCGUUUAAUUUGCCACAAAAACACGGAUAAUGGGAAACGAAAGAACUGUUCCAUCGGAUGGUCCAUUGUCAACCAUGUUUCGUUGCGUACCUUUCGAUAUCCCGGACUCGAAGUGGCGAGAACUCUCGUACGAGCAAUCUAUCGAAUAUGUAAUCGCUUCUAUUUGCGAAGAAAUCAUAGACAUUGCAGCGACUGUAAUCGAAGAACAUAAUAUGGAGAAAAAAGCGUUCGAAUUUACCAGUCGCUGUCUCCGUGUGACAUGGAUACGAUUAUUUGAUGCAAGUUAUUAUUAUUCGUUUAUAACUCCAUCCUCGAAACUUGGUUUACUUUGUAGUAUUUCCGUUUAUUUUGUAGUGGAUGUUCCCAAGGCUAGAACCUUAUUUGAAACGCGAUAGCUCGAGAAAACCUCUACAUACAAUCAUCGGCGAUAUCGAGCCGCAACCGUUGCCCAUCGAUUCGUGGACUUUUGGAAAAAUGUCGCAAACUUUCGUUCAGAAAUCAUCUAUCGAGAAACCCGUACUGUUACCGUCCAAAAAUGCCAUGAGAAUGACGUUAAAGAAUCGUAAACAAACGAAGCAAAACAGUAUUAGAGCUGGGAAGCCGCCUAAACGACUCGUCGAGAAAGAUGCAUCGAUCAAAGACACGAACGAUCGAUCUGAUGUUAGUGAAAAAAGAAAAUUCAUCGGAAAACAACCUGCUGUUGAAAGCUCGUCCAGAAAAGUACUCGGAAUGGAUCAUCCGAUGGUAAGGAAUUCAUACAGCUUACGUGCCACCGCCAUACCUCUUUUUCGUUGUUGAAAUCGUAUCCUUUCUGUGUUCGAAGACGUUGAGAUAUGGCGGCAACCGUGAACGGCAAGGCGAUACAAUAAAUAACCAUCGAUCGACAAAGUAUUUGAAACAAAGCAAUAGCAAAUAGCAUACCGCUGCGUAAAUAAAUUAAUCCGUACGACUUGAAAAAACGUUCGCAUCAGUAAGUCUUUUAAUUUACUAAUUUUUACAGAAAUAUGGUGGAUAUAUUUUUAUUCAAGUUGAUAGGUUUACUUUGAUCUUACCUUUGCACCAAUUUCCUCGCUUGUAAAUACAGCAAUAGAAACCGCUGCAUCGUCGUAGUUGUACAUAAAUAAAUAAUUUCCAAAGAAUUAAACAGCAAUAUUUAUUAAAAGUUUCAUAAUUCUUUAUUUCUUGUCUUUCUUAUUUGUCAGUAAGAUCACAAAUUAAAAUUAACAUCACAUAUAGGCGGUAAAGGGUUCAAGAAAAUAAUCACAAACGUCUCGCAAGAAUAAAUUUUACAACGAAGUAUUACACACUCCCCUACAUCAGUAGGUCGAAAUUUAUACAAUUUUCCGACUACAAAAAGAAAAUAUGAUGAAACUAGCGAAGAGUUGAAGCGAGCCAUGAAACGAGUGCAAACUCAUUAACGGGAACCGCUUUUCUCACGCAAGAGGAAAGACAAAUUGCAGAAAUUGAUCAAAGUAUAUUAAAAAAUUUACACUAUCGGUAGCUGAAUUUCGUAACACAACUUUUGUUUCUUGUUCAACUUUCCGCCAUGUUUCUCUAUAAGCAAGCAAUACCUAAUGGUAAUAUCGUAUAUAAAAAAAAAAAUUAAAUAUUCUACGGCGUUAUGCUUCUAAAUGUCUUUUUGUUAUUUCUAAUUUUUUAACGAAGUACAAAAUAUACGUAACAGCGUUUUAUAUACUCUGUUUUCUACGUAAUCAAUAAUGACACGAACAUCACACAUACGUCAUAUUUUUUUUUGUUUUUUUUUUUGCUUUUAUCUUUUAUCUCCAAAGUGAUCAGGGAGAUCAUUUCGUUCAACGACUCAAUCCCGCGAAACUUCGCCAAGCGAUCGGUGUUCCACGUACAUACAAAUUCUCAAAGUAUCCCUGUUAUUAUAAAGAAGAUAUACCGCAUGCACAUCUGUUGAUUUUGUAUGACUUGUAUGAAAACUUAUUCUGACAAAUUUAGUAUCUAUCGCUGAUCAGUCUUAUAAAUUCAUACAUAUAAAUUUCAGCGCGCUUGUGUGUGUAUAUACAUAUAUAUAUAUAUAUA